CGUUUUUAACGUGCGUGACGUCGCUUCCUUCCAACAUGGCGCAGCUAGGCAGGUUGCUAAUGGCAAUCUGAGGGAUUUACCCCACCUUCUGUCUUUAUUUAUGUCUGUAUGUUAGGGCCACUGCCGCUGUCCUCUCGAAUAGAACACAUCGGUCUGGAACGGCUGCUGCCCUUGGGACAGGUACUACUCCUCGCCCCAAUUCCGGCGCGCCAUGUAUGAAGGCAAAAAGACGAAAAACAUGUUUUUAACCAGAGCUUUGGAGAAGAUCCUGGCCGACAAAGAGGUUAAAAAGGCUCACCAUUCGCAAUUGCGAAAAGCCUGCGAGGUGGCACUCGAGGAAAUAAAGGAAGAGUCUGAAAAAUUAAGUCCUCCUCCAGACAGCAAAUCAGAUUCUAGCACUCUUCCGCCAAUCAAAUCAAAGACCAGCUUCGUCGAGGCCGACAAGUACUUCCUGCCGUUUGAGUUGGCAUGUCAGUCCAAAUGUCCCCGCAUCGUCAUCACCUCACUAGACUGUUUACAGAAGCUGAUAGCGUACGGCCACCUGACAGGCAGCGGUCCAGACAGCGCGGCCCCGGGCAAGAAGCUCAUCGACAGAAUCAUCGAGACCAUCUGCGGCUGCUUCCAGGGACCACAGACAGAUGAGGGGGUGCAGCUACAGAUCAUUAAGGCCCUGUUGACGGCGGUGACCUCCCAGCACAUAGAGAUUCACGAGGGCACGGUGCUGCAGGCGGUCAGGACCUGCUACAACAUCUACCUAGCCAGCAAGAACCUCAUCAACCAGACCACAGCCAAGGCCACACUCACUCAGAUGCUCAACGUCAUCUUCGCCCGCAUGGAGAACCAGGCACUUACAAAUCACAAGAUAUCUUGGUCUCUGGCUUCCAGAAAACGUGACCGCCAGCUCCAAGAGGCCAAGCAGAUGGAGAGGGAGAAGCACCGGCAGCACUCUCCAGUCACCCAGCAACAGGAACAGGAACAAGACUCGCCCCAGCUCCAGCAGCACACCUAUCCCACAGCCAAGGGCCCCCCUCGGGAGGCCAACGGCCCCACCACCCCCUCUACACCCACGCCCACCUCCACCCCCUCCACUCCCUCCACAUCUAUACCUGCCCCGGCCCCUAAGGGCAGCACGGCUGGGGCAGGGGACCCGCAAGAGGGCCAGGGGGCCACGGAGGAGAGCCAGGGGGCCACAGAGGAGGAGCAGGCAUUGCAGGAGGAACCGGGGACGGUUUAUGAGAGCACGAACCCAGAGAAUGGCUCUGAGUUCAGCACAGCAGAGAACCACCAGACAGAGGCAGACCAGCCCACAGGGUUGGGGGCCGCUCAGCAUGAUCAGGAAGCAGUAGAGGAGGGGGAGGAGCCUAACUAUGAGGAGAAAUCCCAGGAGAUCAUCCAGAGCAUCCUACAAGAGGUCGUCAACACUGUUGUUGGAGAUGCCAUGGAGUCCGCUGGUGAGACCGAGCUGCCCACAGAGGUCACGGAACCUGCUAAGGUCAUCAAUGAGGUCAUCACCAAGGCAACAGCGAUCACAGAGAUGGUAGAAGACGAGGGGGACAGCGAGAACGUCCACGCCAAUGGAAUCCCCGGCACGCCCAUCUCUGCCAGCUUCCCACCGUCGCUGCCCGAUGACAGGCUGUCUGUCUCCUCUAAUGAUACACAGGAGUCGGGAGCGACCACAGGCCCAGUACCAGGUGCGAAGUUCUCCCACAUUCUCCAGAAGGAUGCCUUCCUAGUGUUUAGAUCGCUCUGCAAGCUGUCCAUGAAGCCUCUGUCAGAUGGUCCCCCAGACCCAAAGUCCCACGAGCUGCGCUCCAAGGUACUGUCCCUCCAGCUGCUCCUGUCCAUACUGCAGAAUGCUGGGCCCAUCUUCAAGACCAACGAGAUGUUCAUCAACGCCAUCAAGCAGUACCUGUGUGUGGCACUGUCUAAGAACGGUGUCUCCUCUGUCCCUGAAGUCUUUGAGCUCUCGCUCUCCAUCUUCCUCACUCUCCUCUCCCACUUCAAGACCCACCUCAAGAUGCAGAUCGAGGUGUUCUUCAAGGAGAUUUUCCUGUAUAUUCUGGAGACUUCAACAAGCUCCUACGACCAUAAAUGGAUGGUUAUACAGACCCUAACCAGAAUAUGUGCAGAUGCCCAGGGUGUGGUGGAUAUCUAUGUGAAUUAUGAUUGUGACUUGAAUGCUGCUAAUAUCUUUGAGAGGCUGGUGAAUGACCUGUCGAAGAUUGCACAGGGCCGGGCAGGCCACGAGCUCGGCACAACACCACUCCAGGAGUUGACCCUGAGGAAGAAAGGCCUGGAGUGUCUGGUGUCCAUCUUGAAGUGUAUGGUGGAGUGGAGUAAGGACCAGUAUGUCAACCCCAACUCCCAGACCAGUCUUGGAAGAGCAGGUCAGGAGAAGCCCUCGGAGCAGGAGACCAAUGAGACGAAGGCCCCGGAGACCAUCAACCAAUACGGAAGCAUCAACUCGCUGGACUCCACAGCCUCAUCUGGCAUCGGGAGCUACAGUACACAGAUGUCAGGGACAGACAACCCCGAGCAGUUUGAGGUUCUCAAACAACAGAAGGAGAUCAUCGAGCAGGGCAUUGACCUGUUCAACAAGAAACCAAAGAGGGGCAUCCAGUACCUCCAGGAGCAAGGUAUGCUGGGAACCACCCCGGAGGACCUCGCUCAGUUCCUGCACCAGGAGGAGAGGCUGGACUCGACUCAGGUGGGUGAGUUCCUGGGGGACAAUGAUCGCUUCAAUAAAGAGGUCAUGUAUGCCUAUGUGGACCAGAUGGACUUCCAGGGCAAAGACUUUGUCUACGCUCUCAGAACAUUCCUCGAGGGCUUCCGUCUCCCGGGAGAGGCUCAGAAGAUCGACAGGCUCAUGGAGAAAUUUGCUGCUAGAUAUCUAGAAUGCAAUCAGGGGCAAACUGAGUUUGCAAGUGCAGACACUGCGUACGUCCUUGCCUACUCAAUCAUUAUGUUGACAACAGACCUUCAUAGUCCGCAGGUGAAGAACAAGAUGACUAAAGAACAAUACAUCAAGAUGAACAGAGGGAUCAACGACAGCAAGGAUCUACCGGAGGAGUAUCUGUCGGCCAUCUACGACGAGAUCGCAGGGAAGAAGAUCGCUAUGAAGGGGACCAAGGAAAUGACUCUGAAAUCCAACAAGCACAGUGUGGCCAGUGAGAAGCAGCGGCGGCUACUGUAUAACGUAGAGAUGGAGCAGAUGGCUAAGACAGCCAAGGCCCUGAUGGAGGCUGUCAGUCACGUCCAGGCUCCUUUCACCAGCGCCACACACCUGGAGCAUGUCAGACCCAUGUUCAAGCUGGCCUGGACCCCGUUCCUAGCAGCCUUCAGUGUGGGCCUCCAGGACUGUGACGACACCGAGGUGGCUUUUCUCUGUCUGGAGGGAAUACGCUUUGCCAUCCGGAUAGCCUGCAUCUUCACCAUACAGCUUGAGCGGGAUGCGUACAUCCAGGCCCUGGCACGGUUCACCCUGCUCACAGCCAGCUCUGGCAUCACUGAGAUGAAGCAGAAGAAUAUCGACACCAUCAAGACUCUCAUCACCGUCGCCCACACAGACGGAAACUACCUGGGCAACUCCUGGCACGAGAUAAUGAAGUGCAUCAGUCAGUUGGAGCUGGCCCAGCUGAUCGGGACGGGGGUGAAGGCCAGGUACAUCUCAGGGACGGUUCGGGGGAAAGAGGGCUUCAUCAGCAGCACCAAGGAGCAGAGCAACGAUGAAUACCUGGGCCUGGCAGGUGGGACAGUAGACCGGAAGCAGAUCCUCAGUAUCCAGGAGUCCAUAGGAGAGACCAGCUCCCAGAGUGUGGUGGUGGCUGUGGACAGAAUAUUCACAGGUUCUACCAGACUGGAUGGUAAUGCAAUUGUGGACUUUGUGCGCUGGUUGUGUGCUGUGUCUAUGGAUGAGCUGGCCUCGCCCACACACCCCCGCAUGUUCAGCCUGCAGAAGAUAGUGGAGAUCUCCUACUACAACAUGGGACGUAUCAGACUGCAGUGGUCCAGGAUCUGGGAGGUCAUUGGAGACCACUUCAACAAGGUUGGAUGUAACCCCAACGAGGACGUGGCCAUCUUUGCCGUGGAUUCUCUCCGGCAGCUGUCCAUGAAGUUUCUAGAGAAGGGAGAGCUGGCGAACUUCAGAUUCCAGAAGGACUUUCUGAGGCCUUUCGAGCACAUCAUGAAAAAGAACAGAUCGCCAACGAUCAGGGACAUGGUGGUGCGCUGUAUCGCCCAGAUGGUCAACUCACAGGCGGGGAACAUCCGGUCGGGCUGGAAGAACAUCUUCUCAGUGUUCCACCUGGCUGCCUCGGACCAGGAUGAGAGCAUCGUAGAGCUGGCCUUCCAGACGACGGGCCACAUCAGCAUGAAUGUAUUUGAGAAGCACUUCCCAGCCACCAUAGACUCGUUCCAGGAUGCAGUCAAGUGUCUGUCUGAGUUCGCCUGCAAUGCCUCCUUCCCCGACACCAGCAUGGAGGCCAUCCGUCUCAUCCGCCACUGCGCCAAAUACGUCUCUGACAGGCCCCAGGCAUUCAAAGACUACACCAGUGAUGACAUGAAUGUAGUCCCAGAGGACCGGGUGUGGGUGAGGGGGUGGUUCCCCAUCCUCUUUGAGCUGUCCUGCAUCAUCAACAGGUGCAAACUGGACGUCAGAACCAGGGGUCUGACGGUGAUGUUUGAGGUGAUGAAGACCUAUGGACACACCUUUGAGAAGCACUGGUGGCAGGAUCUGUUCAGGAUCGUCUUCAGGAUCUUUGACAACAUGAAGCUGCCUGAGCAGCAAACUGAGAAAGCAGAGUGGAUGACGACGACCUGUAACCACGCACUUUACGCCAUCUCUGACGUGUUCACGCAGUACUUUGAGACUCUCAGUGACGUUCUGCUGGAUGACAUCCUGUCCCAACUGUACUGGUGUGUUCAGCAAGAUAAUGAGCAGUUGGCUCGGUCAGGCACCAACUGUCUGGAGAACGUGGUCAUCCUGAAUGGAGAGAAGUUUACUCCGGAGACCUGGGACAAGACCUGUAACUGCAUGCUGGACAUCUUCAAGACCACCAUCCCACACGCACUGUUGACAUGGAGACUAGCAGGAGCAGAGGGAGAUCCCAUGACACCACAGGAUGUAUCAGACAAACAGCUGGAUUCAAUUUCCCAGAAGUCAGUGGACAUCCAGUCCCGUUCCGAGGACCAGCGUUCCAUCAACAGUGCGGAGAGGGUUGCCAUGGAGACCCGGCGGCAGGGUCAGUACAGCGCAGGCAUGUGUGAGGACAGCCCCAGAACCCGGACUCCAGCAAAGAUCCAGGAGCAGACGUUAUUCUCAGGCUUGCUCAUUAAGUGUGUAGUGCAGUUGGAGCUGAUCCAGACCAUAGACAACAUGGUCUUCUUCCCUGCAACCAGCAGGAAGGAGGAUGCUGAGAACCUCGCUGCUGCACAGAGAGAUGCUCUGGACGCGGCAGACGUCCGUGUCGAGACUCAGGACCAAGGAAUGUACCGCUACCUGACCUCAGAACAGCUGUUUAAGUUGCUGGACUGCCUGUUGGAGUCCCACCGCUUCGCCAAGGCCUUCAACUCUAGCAACGAGCAGAGGACCACUCUAUGGAAGGCAGGUUUUAAAGGGAAGUCAAAGCCCAAUCUGCUGAAGCAGGAGACCAGCAGUCUGGCGUGUGGCCUGAGGAUCCUGUUCCGGAUGUACACUGAUGACAGCCGUCAGACUGCCUGGGAGGAAGUCCAGAGACAGCUGCUUAAUGUGUGCAGUGAGGCAGUAGCCUACUUCCUGACUCUAACAUCAGAGAGCCACAGAGAAGCCUGGACCAACCUGCUGCUCCUCUUCCUCACCAAGGUCCUGAAGAUCAGUGACGACAGGUUCAAGGCCCAUGCGUCCAGGUACUACCCUCUGCUGUGUGAGAUCAUGCAGGUUGAUCUAAUCCCAGAACUGCGGGCCGUGCUACGGAAGUUCUACCUACGCAUCGGCAUCGUGUUCCAGAUCGCCCAGCUGCCUGGACCACCUGCAGAACCAGAACCAGAGCUGGAAGUUGAGGUGGAGAGGGGGGAGGUGGCUGGAGAGGAAGCCCAGUGAUGGUGCACGUGUAGCGGGCUGGCUGCGAGACCUCUGACUAGGGAAGCCUGGAGUUCUGGAAGUCCUCCUCCCUUCUUGCCUUGGGUUUGUCUACCAACCCUUUAGAACUAUGGUCUCCCAUCCCCCAGGGUACUAUGAAGGGUACAUCUGACCAGACUUCACCCUUCUGGAUUUGGCAGUUACCCAGAAUCCACAACUAACGGUACAGGAAACUCCAAGGUGUCUCUACUGUGAACCUGACUGGUCAUGUGACAGAAAAUGCCAACUCCCAUACACACUACAUGGCUAAAAGUAUGUGGACAAGUGCUCGUCUAACAUGUCAUUCCAAAAUCAUGGGCAUUUAUAUGGAGUUGGUCCCCCCUUUGCUGCUAUAACAGCCUCCACUCUUCUGGGAAGACUUUCCACUAGAUUUUGGAACAUUGUUUUAGAGACUUUCUUCCAUUCAGCCACAAGAGCAUUGGUGAGGUUGGGCACUGAUAUUGGGUGACUAGGCCUGACUCGCAGUCAGCAUUCCAAUUCAUCCUUAAGGUGUUUGAUGGGGUUGAGGUCAGGGCUCUGUGCAGGCCAGUCAAGUUCUUCCACAACGAUCUCGACAAACCAUUUCUGUAUGGAUCUCACUUUGUGCA